CCCACUUGCUGGUGUUUGCUGCCAGCCUUCUUUUUUCUUUCUAUCCUUGCUUGAAAUUGUGGACUUUGACAAAUGGCUUUAAAACGCAUUCAAAGAGAACUUGCUGACUUGACAAAGAAUCCUCCUGCUGGUGUCAGUGCGAGAGCUUCCGACGACGACGUGUUCAAAUGGGAAGGAACCUUACUGGGGCCUGAAGAUAGCCCUUAUGCCGGUGGUGUGUUCAAGUUGGAUAUCGUCUUUAACGUGGAUUAUCCUUUCAAGCCUCCGUCCAUUAAAUUCGCUACCAAAAUUUAUCAUCCCAAUAUCGAUGACGAUGGCAGUAUAUGUGUAGAUUUAUUGAAACCGGAUGUCUGGAAGCCAGCUACAAAGAUUGCCCAAGUCCUGGUUUCCAUCAGUCUGCUGCUACAGGAACCCAACCCCGAGGAUCCCCUUGUUGCCUCCAUUGCCGAAGUGUACAAUACCAACCGUCCAAAAUUCAACAAGAUGGCGAAGGAAUAUGUGAAAAAGUAUGCCACUCCUUAAACGAUGUCAAUACUCUAUUGAAGGACAAGGGCAUCGUCACAUUGCUCGAUUUGCCUUUGGCUUUUUUUUUAUUUUGUUUACACCAAGGAGAAUCGUACUGUAUAUAACUUUUUUAUUGCAAUAAAAGAAUGUGUGAUUUGGAGCACCCAAUCGAUAGCCAAUGUAUGCCUAGUUGUUCAAGGGGAAUUGUAUCGAAAAAUGUCGGUGAUGUUCUCGGCUGUAAGGCUUUGGGACCAAACCAAAUAAAAAAUGAUUCAUAGUAUGCACGAGGAGAGGAUCCCUUCGUCACUGCUGCUAUUUGACACAUGCUCCACUUGAACUUCUUUGUGACCGUUUUUCGGAUAUUCAACCUGCCGUUUUUGUGUCAAAACACAGAAAAUAAAGCGAUACGGCAGG